GUGCGGUGAUUUAUGACUUUAAAAGAAGUUCUUAUUUGAAAUUCCUAGUGCCUGAAGGAGGAAACAGAGUGACAGACCUGGAGACUGCAGUUCUUUAUUCCUCACACAGCUCUUUCACCAUGCCUGGGUCACUUCCUUUGAAUGCAGAAGCCUGCUGGCCAAAAGAUGUGGGAAUUGUUGCCCUUGAGAUCUAUUUUCCUUCUCAAUAUGUUGAUCAAGCAGAGUUGGAAAAAUACGAUGGUGUAGACGCUGGAAAGUAUACUAUUGGCUUGGGCCAGGCCAAGAUGGGCUUCUGCACAGAUAGAGAAGAUAUCAACUCUCUUUGCCUGACUGUGGUUCAGAAUCUGAUGGAGAGACAUAGCCUUUCGUAUGAUUGCAUUGGGCGUUUAGAAGUUGGAACAGAGACAAUCAUCGACAAAUCAAAGUCCGUGAAGACUAAUUUGAUGCAGCUCUUUGAGGAGUCUGGGAACACAGACAUAGAAGGCAUAGACACAACGAAUGCAUGCUAUGGAGGCACAGCGGCUGUCUUCAAUGCUGUUAAUUGGAUUGAGUCCAGUUCUUGGGAUGGACGGUAUGCGCUGGUAGUUGCGGGAGAUAUUGCUGUAUAUGCCACAGGAAAUGCUAGACCUACCGGUGGAGUGGGAGCCGUUGCUCUGCUGAUUGGGCCAAAUGCUCCUUUAAUUUUUGACCGAGGACUUCGUGGGACACAUAUGCAACACGCCUAUGACUUCUACAAGCCUGAUAUGCUUUCGGAGUACCCUAUAGUAGAUGGGAAACUCUCCAUACAGUGCUACCUCAGUGCGCUAGACCGCUGCUAUUCCGUCUACCGCAAGAAGAUCCGUGCCCAGUGGCAGAAGGAGGGAAAUGAUAAAGAUUUUACCUUGAAUGAUUUUGGUUUCAUGAUCUUCCACUCGCCCUACUGUAAGCUGGUUCAGAAAUCUCUAGCUCGGAUGUUGCUGAAUGACUUCCUUAACGACCAGAACAGAGAUAAAAAUAGUAUCUAUAGUGGCCUGGAAGCCUUUGGGGAUGUUAAAUUGGAAGAUACCUACUUUGAUAGAGAUGUGGAAAAAGCAUUUAUGAAGGCUAGUUCUGAACUCUUUAAUCAGAAAACAAAGGCAUCUUUGCUUGUGUCAAAUCAGAAUGGAAAUAUGUACACAUCGUCUGUGUACGGCUCCCUCGCUUCUGUUCUAGCACAGCACUCGCCUCUGCAGCUGGCAGGAAAGAGGAUUGGCGUGUUCUCUUAUGGUUCUGGUUUGGCUGCCACCCUGUACUCCCUUAAAGUCACGCAAGACGCCACACCAGGGUCUGCUCUUGAUAAAAUAACAGCAAGUUUAUGUGAUCUUAAAUCAAGACUUGACUCAAGAACUUGUGUGGCACCAGCUGUCUUUGCUGAAAACAUGAAGCUCAGAGAGGACACUCAUCACUUGGUCAACUAUAUUCCCCAGAGUUCAGUUGAUUCGCUCUUCGAAGGAACAUGGUACCUAGUCAGAGUGGAUGAGAAGCACAGGAGGACCUAUGCCCGGCGCCCCUCUCCCAGUGACGGCACUCUGGGGGAAGGAGUAGGACUUGUCCAUUCAAGUACAGCCACUGAGGUAGGUAAAGCGCGUCGUGUUUGCUCUUGGCCUCUGACAGGGUAAGAAAUUUCCAUCCCCAGAUCUCAGGGCUUAGGGGACCUGAGACUGAGCCACUUAAAGGAAUGUCUAUAAAGCAGAGUCCUUCAGAGCAAGGGAUCUGGCACUGGAUUCCCGCUGUGCCAUUUUCUUAGUCUAAUUUCUUAAAUUACUAGCAUUUUUAAAACUU